AUGCAAGUCCAUCCUCCAAUUUCAUUAGGUAAUAAGCCAUCAAUUCAUUCUUUAUUAUUAUCAUCGCAAGAUCAAAUUAAAAAUCCAUAUAAAGAUGAAUUGUUUUCAGGCGGUUGGAGUUUUCCUUCAAAUAAUAAUUCACAAUCAUUUUCCCACCACCAACACCACCACCAUAAUAUAAAUAAUAAUAAUAAUAAUAACAAUAGUAACAAUAGUAAUAGUACCUCACGUAAUUAUAAUGAAUCAUUUAAAAAAUUUAAAUUCUCACAUCAUGACCAAAAUAAUAGUAGUGAUGAAAGUGAUAAUGGAGAAUAUUACGAACCAAGACAAUAUCAAAAACAACAAAUAUUAACUAAUGUUGUAAGUGGAAAUAAUAGUAGUAGUAUGAUGGCUAAAUUAUUAAAUAAUCAAAGUUUACCAACUUUUAAACAAUUUCAAUUGCAAAUUGAUAAACCAUCAAUUCAACCGCAACAGCAGCAGCAUCAUCACCAUCCACCCUCAUCAUCUUCAUCACCAUUACAUGCAUCGUCACCAUCAUCAGCAUCCUCCUCACCAUCUUAUUCAAUUCCAUCUGUAACACUUCAAGAGACUUCCAUUGAUUUUAGAUCACCAAUUGAUCAACCACAAUCACCUUCCUAUCCAUCGUCUCCAUUGGCUGAAGGUAUUAAAAGUAAACAAAUUCAACAAUGGAUUCAAGAGUUACAUCAAAUUAAAAAGAGAGAAUAUAUCCUUUUAGAAAAUUUGAAAUAUUAUUCAUCAUCUUCAAAUUCUUCUUCAAAUUCUUCUUCUUCAUCAUCAUCCUCUUCCUCUUCAUCUGAUGAAUCCGAUGAGGAUUAUGAAUCAUCUUAUCAACCAUCUUUAUCAUUAUCACAACCACAACCACCAUCACCAAAACAACAACAACAACAACAACAACAACAACAACAACAACAACAACAACAACAACAACAACAACAACAACAACAACAACAACAACAACAACAACAACAACAACAACAACAACAACAACAACCAAAACAACAACAACCACCAUCACCAAAACAACCAUCGUCACCAAUUCAACAACAAUAUCAACAACAACAUCAACAACAACAUCAACCACAACAAUUACAACAACAACAACAAACUAAUCAAAUGUUUAUUCAACAACAACCAUCAGAUUCAAUUGUUUGUAAUCGUUAUAUUCAUCCAGCCAUUGUUGUUUUGGUUGACCAAGAGGUAAUUAGUCAAACCUCUGGUUAUUUAAUUGUAAAUGCUUCAUUGGUUCAACACAAUUCAAAGAAUGUAAACACUAACAACAGCAAAAACCAAUUACUCCAAGGUGUUAAAAGUGUUCUCGUUGAAAAGAAUGGUGUUGUUAUUUUCAACAAGUUGAAGCCAAGUGAACUCGCCGCCAAACUUCCUGGUCAAUUAUUCAGCAUUUGUUUUACUCUUUCUGAUAUCUCAUCAGUUGAUAAACAAAGUCAUGUCAUUUCUCAAGUCACUACCUCACCAUUUUACAUUGUUUCUAAACCAAACAAAAGAAAGAGUGACGAAAUUGAUUCAUCAGAUGAACCAUCAUCACCAUUGACUCAAAAAGUUUGUUCACCACCAUCAUCACCAUCUCUUAUGGUUUCUCCAUCCAACAGUGCCAACAAGAUUGAAGAUAAUUCAGUUAUUUCAACUGAUUUAAAUUAUAUAGAUAUCACUGAUCUAUUAAUUUUACCACAAAAAGAAGCUGCUUCAAAAUUGGGUAUCUCUGAGUCAAUGUUGUGUAAAAGAUUCAAAGAAUGCACUAGAAGAAAAUGGCCUUAUAGAUAUUUAAGAAAGAUUGAUAAAUUUAUCAAAUUACUAUCACUUCAAAAUAUCAAUGAGAUUCCAAAAGAAGAAAAGGAGAAGUUAGAAAGAUUCAUCCAAGAAAGAGAAGAAUGUCUCCGUCCAGUCAAAAUCAGAAUCACUGGUUGCUUAGAAAAGGACGACUCUGAACAUUUCGUUAACAAUGUUAAUAGAUUUUCAAUGGGUUCAUCAACUUCUUCAUCAAUUCCAUCACCAUCACCACAAACCAUCGCCAUCACACCAUCAAAAUCCCAAAUUCAAAACAUCAUUAACAACGGUGAAAUAAUUCCAUCAUUCACUACAACAACCAACCAACCACAACAACAACAAUUCAAUCCAAGAGAAAACCACCAAUCUAAUUUAUUUGAUAAUUUUACCACUGGAGGAGAGGGUAAAGGAUUAGAAAAUAUUUUAGAAACCUUGGAAAUGCUCAAACAUACUCGUCAAUAG